CCACCAAAUUCCUCAGCGCUUGCUCUUUCGCUCUCCUCUCCGUUAAGGCCAGGGCUCCAGUGGUGGGGAGGCAGAGCACUGGUUUCCCCGUCGCGGGUCGUUUGCACGACUCAGUGAAGGGGAAAGCUGGGAAGGCAGGGCUGCCAGAUCCCACCUCGGAAACCCAACACACGAAGUGGCCGGCUCCACACUUCUGAGACCCUUUCGUUUCCGUUGCAGCGUCUCCUCUCUCUCUCUCCCUCCCUCCCUCCACCUCCUCUCUAAACAUGUCCACUGGCUCCCUGAGCGAUGUAGAAGACCUUCAAGAGGUGGAGAUGCUGGACUGUGACUCCCUGAAAGUGGACUCCAACAAGGAGUUUGGAACUUCCAACGAGAGCACCGAGGAGGGCUCCAACUGUGAGAACGGCUCGCCACAGAAGGGUCGCGGUGGCCUGGGCAAGAGGAGGAAGGCGCCCACCAAGAAAAGCCCGCUGAGCGGGGUCAGCCAAGAGGGCAAGCAGGUCCAGCGCAACGCGGCCAAUGCGCGCGAGCGGGCCCGCAUGCGAGUGCUAAGCAAGGCCUUCUCCAGGCUCAAGACCACCCUGCCCUGGGUGCCCCCGGACACCAAGCUCUCCAAGCUGGACACUCUCAGGCUGGCGUCCAGCUACAUCGCGCACUUAAGGCAGAUCCUGGCCAACGACAAGUACGAGAACGGUUACAUUCACCCAGUGAACCUGACUUGGCCCUUUAUGGUGGCCGGCAAACCCGAGAGUGACCUGAAGGAAGUGGUGACCGCGAGCCGCUUGUGUGGAACCACCGCAUCCUGACCUUGGAAGUGCGAGUCUGGGAAUCCUGCGCUCCGGGGGCAGUGGGCUGGCGAGGGUGACGACCCCUGCCCUUCCCUCGCUGUCUCUGCUGACGCCUUGCAUAGCUCCUCUCCCCAUCCCACCCCACAAGAACACUUAACUGCGACGAGGAGAUUCCUUUCCAAACCAAAGGAGACCAACCGUACUUACCGAGUCCCAUCUAUUUAACUUGAUUACCUUCUGCCAUUAGUGACUGCGAGCCUGGCUGGUCCAAGUGCAAUAUGUAAUUAUAUAUAUAUAUAUUAUAUAAAUAGAUAAUAAGAGCCUAUCAAUGUGUAUCUUUUGUACAAUAUGUUGUAAAAUGUAGAUGAUAGAAUAGCUGACUUUGACAGUCACAUUUAUAAAAUAAGUCACUCAAAGAAAUAUAUUUUUUUCAAACAGGUUUUGCUACUUCCGAAAAUAAAUCUUUCUUUAU